UUUUACGGCCCAGUUGUCUCUUCGUCUUCAACUAAUCGAUUCGAACAUGGUGAUGAUGACCGGAGAAGAAGCUCGCCGAUUCAAAAGAAAAGUUUGAAAUUCCAGGCGGGAGAUUUGCGAAUCAACAGAUGUCGGGGAAGUGCAGAUCUUGAUGCUAUGGAUGACCAUGGUGGUGGCUCUUGUGGAGCUUCUGAUUUGAGCCUUGAGGAACUGAUGGAGGAAUAUUCUUCUCGACCUCCACAAGUAGCUGAAUGGUUAUGGUGUAUCGAAUACGUAGCCAAGUUCGUUAAGGAUAUACGUUGCAUACUCGAUUUGAUGAACAUGGGGUAUCAUUAUCAAUACGCAGAUGAUUAUGGGAAGAGGAUUAAUGAAGUCCUGUCUCUUAGAGUCUUGGAGUUCAUGUUUGAUCCAACCAAGAAUGAUUCUAGGGGUGUUGGUGUUGCUUCUGCUUCUGAGGAAAGAGUUGAGUUUGAUUUAUCUUUGAGCAACGCUGCAGUUAUCAGAGCGAUUCUGAGAGAGAUUCCAGUAUCGGAACUGCAAGCUGGCAUGCCGGAGUUAUCAAAGUUCAACGUUCUUCCAUUUAUUGCUCACAAGAACAUGUGCUUGCCACAGUGUGCACUGGAGAAGCUGAGAGAUUUGAGUUUAAUGGAGAAUGAGACAAGUGCAGCUCCUGAGAUGGCUGAAAAUGAUCCUGUUUGUAGUGGUUAUAUACCAGUGCACAUGGAUAUAUGCGAGGAGGAGCCGAUAGAUGAGCAACAAGUGCAUAUUGGUUUGGAUAAAGUAACUCUCACCGACGAUGAAACUGAGGCAAUGCACACCAACGAAAAAGAUACAGAGAAUGAUUAUACUACUGGUAAGACAUUUCCUACAAGCUCAAGGAGAUGGCCAGAGAACGCACGUGUAAAAUGUACAAAAGAUGGAACCUGUUUAGUCAGUGGGAGCGAUGAUGAUGAUGAGUCAGAUAUGGUCAAAGAUCCAGCAUUAGCCAAGAAGAAUAAAAACAUUUACACAAACCUUCCAAGAGCCGAGAAUGUAUGCUGGAAAUGUGGAAAAGAAGGAACGUUGUUGAUAUGUAGCAGAAGCGAGUGUGCAUCAAAAGUUCACAAGGAAUGCUCGAAUUGUGUGGUUAACUUUGAUGAAGACGGGAACUUUCACUGUCCUGUGUGCUGGUAUGAUGGAGUCGUUGCAGAGUACUUAGAAUCUCAGAAGUUGAUGAGCUCUGCUAAGAGAAGAAUGAUGAAGUUCAUGCCUCUACUUUCAACAAGAAGCAAGAGACUCAGGUGACUGUAAUUAAAUUUAAAUCUCAUCUCGUCUUUGAGGGUAACUAAGGUGGUCAAUAUUAGAUCGUGGAAUUAUAGAUGGCAGUGAUUAAGUACGUGUCUUUUGUGCAGAUCAAUCAAAGCGAUCUGAAACUCCAUUAUGUUCGUGGUGGAUUUUGGUUAGGAGACGAGUUCUGUUCAUAUAUGUGCUCUGGUGUAAAGAAUUGGAGAUAUUGGGGUAAUUAAUUAGAAGUGAAAGUUAAGGGUGUGAAUGGUUAUUAUUUAAAACUAGCGGGAAAUGGAGGAGUCUAAUCUAACUUUGACUGAAGUUUUUCUUAUUUCAUCAGUAAAGAUAAAACACAUUAAUUGUUCGUAAGUGAAGCUAAUACGAAGUCACUCAUGAAA